AUGACCGCCGUAACCCCCGAAGUUACCCUCAUCACCCUCUCGGAGGAAGAACUCGCCACGAAGAAGCUCGAAUCCCACAACCUCCAGCAUGCCAUCGAGGCUCUCCACCGUGAUGGAGUCAUCGUCCUCAAAAACGCCGUUGAUACCACCCACCUCGAUAAGCUAAAUGAUCGCAUGGUCCCCGAAGCCAAAACACUAUACGCGAAGGCAUCAACGCACCAUAACUUCGCCGGAAGUGGAAAUAUCCAGCAGGAGCCAAGCUUGGAGAAGGGUUAUGUUUUCCAAGACAUCCUAGCAAACCCCUUUGCCCUGCAGGUGGUGCAGUGCAUGUUUGGUCCCAACCCAUCCCUCCGGUUCUACAGCGCCAAUACAGCAUUUAAAUCCGAAAAGAGACAGCCAGUGCAUAUUGAUGUUAAUUUUGACUUCCCUAAAAUUCCAUGGGGCUAUGCCAUCAAUAUCAAUCUGGUUGAUACCAGUCCGGAAAACGGUGCGACUGAAGUCUGGCUUGGGAGCCACACUGAUACCACAAAGGACGUCCUGGACAAGCAAUAUACACAUAAGCAGGUCAAGGAGGAGCUGCUUGAUGAGCGGAGGAAGUUCUCCCCUGGCAUUCAGCCCUCGUUGCCCAAGGGGAGCUUGAUUAUCCGUGACAUGCGGCUGUGGCACGCCGGAAUGCCGAAUAAGACCGACGACCCACGGGUUAUGCUCGUUUCGAUCUUGUUCCCACACUGGUAUAGAAGCGACCAGACAUUCCAGCUGCCCAAGAGUCUGAAGGAGGAAGUCAGCAGCUGGGAGAACGUGCAGCCUUGCGUGGAGUGGGUGGAGGACGGAUAUGAUUAUCUGCAGGGUCGUCAUAAUCAUAACUUUGCUCUCAAGCCGUGA